ACAGAUGGAAACAGAAGCUGAUGGAGAGGACUGUGGGGGACCAGAACCAGACAGGAACUCAGAUCCAGGAGACUCUUCUGAGACUGAAGUCAGUGAUGGGGACUGGGAGGAGACCAGAGAACCUCCGUCAGGUUUAAAGAACAGGAAAGUGAGCAUAAGAGAAGUUCACCGUUCUUCUGUGGAACGGUCGUUCAGCUGCUCUGAAUGCGGACAAAGAUUCGGCCGGAAGCCGCAUCUGAACGCACACAUGAGGAUUCACACGGGGGAGAAACCCUUCGGCUGCUCUUUCUGUGGUAAGAGAUUCUCUCAAAAGGGAAACUCAAUCAGUCACAUGAGACUUCACACGGGGGAGAAACCUUUCAGCUGCUCCGUGUGUAAGAAGCACUUCAGAUAUAGCGGAGACGUCAGCAGACACAUGAGGAUCCACACAGGAAAUAAAACACUGCACCGGAUCAACAGUAACAUUCACACAGAAUCAGAACCAGCAGGGAACCCAGAUCCCCAAAGUCUCUUACAACCGGACCCUGAUGACAAACCCUCAGAACCGGAGACUGAAGUCUCUGAUGACAGUUUGAAGGAGACUAGAGAACCUCAGUCAGGUUCAAACUCUGACUUCUCUGGAAGCGACGAGCAAUGUAACGCUGACAAAGAGUCGUUCAGCUGCUCCGAAUGUGGGAGAACAUUCUGCCGGAGGGACCACCUGAUGAGCCACAUGAGGACUCACACCGGAGAGAAACCAUUCAGCUGUUCCGUCUGUCAGAAACAUUUCAGCUGCAGCGGGAACAUCUUGGCACACAUGAGGAUUCACACGGGAGAGAAACCCUUCCAGUGCUCAUUCUGCAACAAAAGUUUCAGCCAGAAAGGAACUCUGCAGCUACACAUGAGAAUUCACACGGGAGAGAAACCCUUCGGUUGCCCCUUCUGCGACAAGAGAUUCGCCCACGAGAGACGUAUGACGCUGCACAUGUCGGUCCAUACGGAGAAGAAACGCUUUGGCUGCAGCACUUGUGACAAAAGAUUCACUUGGUACACGCAGCUCAAAACCCACAAGUGUGUCGGCGAGUCGUCUCGACUCUGUCAAAGUCAAAGUGAGAAAAGGUCUCCCGCCAAGGAAUCGUUUGGCUGCACCGAGUGUGACAAAACAUUCAGCCUGAAGGGAAACCUGAAGACACACAUGAGGAUUCACACGGGAGAGAAACCGUUUCGUUGCUCCGUCUGCGGCAAAAGUUUUAAACAAAACGUUCAUCUCAUGGAGCACAUGACAGUUCACACCGGGGAGAAACUGUACAAAUGUGGUGUUUGUGGGAAAGGGUUCAACAAGAAGUCGCUCGUCAAAAACCACCCGUGUGUUUGAUCCUUGUGUCUGAUGUUGAUUCAUGGGUUCACAUUUACAAAGACGAGUGAAGAGUUUUGUCUGCUGGCCGUGUCUUCAAGUUCAGAAGCCAACAGCUAAAUAAAGAUUUGAACUACAUUUAUUGGGAAAACAUAAAUUAUGAAAUAUUUUACUUGAAAACUAAUAAUUAUUUUUGUGGCCUAAAUUCCAUUCUGUAAAUAAAAAAUAAGUUUCUCAAUAUUAAAUCAAUGCUUUUGCUUUAAUCUCUGCUUUCUGUUUCUGUAAAUUCAUUUGUAAUUACCUUGUAAUAAACAAAAAGCAUCAAUAUUAUGACUGGUUGUAUCAUAAUAAUGUAUUUAUAGACUGAUGAGCAUCAGUUUGUAAUUAUGUAGCAAUCAUCACUAACUGACACUUUUGGACAUGAUUAUUAUUUAUGACAGUUAUGUAUUUUGAAUAUCAAUAAAUGUAACUGUUAUUUAAAUUUUUAAUUAUAAUAAAUAAAUUACAGAUUUUUAAACUCAAACUCCCUCAUGUUUCAUUUCAUGUGCUUGAAUUUAUUCUGCAACCUCACCUGCAAGUUGGCCCGUAAACCCGUGGCAUGGAGUGAAGAGUGUGAAAGUGCUUUCUGGGGUCCUCCUGGUGCAGGUGGAUGCCUCUGGGGUGGGCUUCGGUGCCGAGCUGGAAGCUUCUGUCUCGUAUAAUCAGUGGUGUAUAAAGUACC